UUCUGAAUCUGAACAUCUUCUCUUUAUUCUGUAGAUGGUGGCUGUAGGAAUCUGUCGCACAGAUGACCACGUGGUUAGUGGCAACCUGGUGACCCCACUUCCUGCGAUUUUAGGCCAUGAGGCAGCCGGCAUCGUCGAAAGUGUUGGAGAAGGGGUGACUACAGUCAAACCAGGUGAUAAAGUCAUCCCGCUCUUUACUCCUCAGUGUGGAAAAUGCAGAGUUUGUAAAAGCCCAGAAGGCAACUACUGUGUGAAAAAUGAUCUGAGCAAUCCUCGGGGGACCCUGCAGGAUGGCACCAGGAGAUUCACCUGCAGGGGGAAGCCCAUUCACCACUUCGUUGGCACCAGCACCUUCUCCCAGUACACGGUGGUGGAUGAGAAUGCAGUGGCCAAAAUUGAUGCAGCCUCGCCCCUGGAGAAAGUCUGCCUCAUUGGCUGUGGAUUUUCGACUGGUUAUGGGUCUGCAGUUAAUGUUGCCAAGGUCACCCCAGGCUCUGUCUGUGCUGUGUUUGGCCUGGGAGGGGUCGGCCUAUCUGCUGUUAUGGGCUGUAAAGCAGCUGGAGCAGCCAGAAUCAUUAUGGCUUCCCUGUUAUGUUGUCAUGAGGCAUGUGGCACAAGCGUCAUCGUAGGGGUACCUCCUGAUUCCCAGAACCUCUCAAUAAACCCUAUGCUGCUACUGACUGGACGCACCUGGAAGGGGGCUGUUUAUGGUGGCUUUAAGAGUAGAGAAGGUAUCCCAAAACUUGUGGCUGAUUUUAUGGCUAAGAAGUUUUCACUGGACGCAUUAAUAACCCAUGUUUUACCUUUUGAAAAAAUAAAUGAAGGCUUUGACCUGCUUCGCUCUGGGAAAAGGUAG